AUGAACACAUCUAAAGAAGCUUCUUCUAUGGAGACAGUUUGUGAUUUAUUAGACAAACUGGUUUUAAGACAAUUACAUCUUAUGGAAGAUAAAAUGUGUUGCGAAUUAAAUAUUGAAAAAAGUAUUAAUAAUGGGAGUAUACACUUGGCUAAGGCGAGAUACAUUAUGGGACAGAGCUCUGUUAGCAAAGAGAGACUUCCAACAGAGAGCAGUCCAGAAUUCUCAGCUUUAACUGUUUGUGAGACUGUUGAAGAGGAUAACAUAAAACAAUUAAAGAUCAUUGAAAAUGAUGAUAAAAGUGUCGCAAAUCCUAUACAUUGGUUUGGUGUAUUGGUACCACAAAAUUUACAUAAAGCAAAAAAUAUAUUCCAAAAUGCAGUUAAUUUUGUUGUUGAAUGUGUCAAUAUCCAACUGCAAUUAACAGAGACUAUGAAAAAUAUUGAAAAUUUGAAUAAAUAUAAAAGUAGUCUAAUAAAAUCAACU